UAUAUCGAGUGUCGCCCAACUCCGAGACGAGCGUUAGGGAGGGAGGGGGAGUGUCUGGGCGGUCACUCGAUACGUAUGGGGGCUACGAUUCAUUUCGCUGGACGGCCCAGUAUCUUAAGCACUACAGGAGUAGUCCUUUCUAUGCCCUCAGUGUGUACUUCUGAUUCGUGUUAACUGAAAGCUUAAAUGCAUUGGACUUCAAUGUUUUUAUUAGGUUUAACAUUUUUGCAUAUUAUGCUUUAUGCUAAUAUUAAAAUAAAUAAUUUCAAUUGUAGCUGGAGGACUAUCAGGUGAUUGGUUGGUAGUUUCUAAAAUAGACUAUUUUCAAUUGCAAAUAUUCAUAUGGACUAUCAGGUGAUUGGUUGGUAGUUUCUAAAAUAGACUAUUUUCAAUUGCACAUAUUCAUAUUUGGCGCAUUACCACAGACUUCAAGAAAUGUUGAUUUGUAUUUUAAAAGAGUCAUGGCAACUUUUGUGAACUUUUUGCCGCUGUAAAAUCAAAUUUGUAAAUUCUUUCGUAUACAGGAUUCUUAUUUUUGUGUGUGUUUAGUUGACAUCAUCGUUAUUUUUAAAAUAGCGUCCUUGACAUUGGUCGACACAUCGUGCGGUGCCCCAACGAUUCAAGAUACUAACGGAGGGGUUCUCAACCUGUGGGUCGCGACCUCCUUGGGGGUCGAUUGACGAUUUGCCAGGGGUCGCCUACGACCAUCGAAAAUAAGGAUUGUUUUGUCUAUUCUUCUAUUGCUGUGCUGUAUGUGUGUGUGGGGAGGGUGGGGGUCGCGGCAGAGUGGGGAAUUGUAAAAAGGGGUCGCCGAGCAUAAAAGGUUGAGAACCGCUGUGUAACUAACGGAUAUGUGAAGAUGACAUUUGCUAGAAGCGAAAAUUUAUAUUGAAAAUUCCAAAUAGUGCUUACGAGGGUCCAGGUUGCAAAGAUGAAGCGCUGUACUUGCCCUGCGAUUUUUCCUCACUCCAAUGUCAAGGUCACUUCAGAUAUGUCGUCUGCAGACAAUGAACACUGCACAGGUCGAAGUGUCUUAACGCCAUUGCGGCCUUUGAUUCAUCCCAUGAAGCUCUCGGUGAAGAUAGUUCGAUGGAAACACAGGUCACACAGACUGACUGACUCAAGCUACACAAAAGCUACACAGCAGUUGAGCACUGACCUAGAUAUCUCGACCAAAUCGCGUGCUCACGGGACUCUCUCUAUCUUGCCACAAGUGGACAGCAGAAGCAGACUGUCUAUACUGAAUUUCCCUCUUCAAGAUGAAUGCAUCGCGAGCGACCUUAUGUCACGUGACAGGAAUAUAUGCAAAUCAUCCAAGUCGUCUGCUGGUGUCCACAAACUGACGAGAAUGAAAUGGAUUGAUGCCCUUGGCUGCUGGGUAACAGAAGAUCAGAGACCUCCCGUGCCACUGACGUCACUGACCUCAAACACACAAUGCUCUUACAAGAAUGUCAUGACGUCAUCGGAAAAAUCGGGAAAACCUGGUCAAUCAAAGGCGAACACAUUACAGAAGUACUCACUUACUGAAACUGAAUGUAUCUCUGCAUGCAAGGAAGAGGUCACAGCGGAAGAGGAAGCCCCAACAGAAAUUCAAGUAGACAAGACAGACACUUUGGUCAUAAAACUCAAGUUCAAAAUGAAGAAGUCAAAACAUUCAGUAUCUCCGAAUGCAGACAAAAACCCACUUGAGGUAGAUUUAGUUAAAAAUGCUAAUAAAAGUCCGCCGGAAACCAACACUCACCCAGGUCAGCAGACGAUAGCUAAUGGCGCAGGCGUCAGCUUGAGAGACAUCACCUCUAACACAACAAACAAGUAUUCCUCCGCCAAAGAAAAUUCAGUGACAAGGCAAAAGCAGACGACCGAUGCUUCUAAGAAAAAGAAAAUACGAAUGAGGUUAUCAAACGAAACGAAACAACAGAAACUCAAACAAAAUCCGACCAGUCCGAUGGACUACACUGACCAGGUCCAUACGAGUGUGUCACGAAACGAGGCUACACAUGAUCUGUCUGUUGAACAAGAUAGUCAUCUCAAAGAAGAGACGACCUAUGUCAGUUUGAUGAAUGACCAUCACACAAAACGUAAAAAAGUUAAACCCAGGCGAGUCAAGUUUGACAAGACUUUUGAUAACGAAACAAAUAAGACUGAAACUCUUAAUGACACAAAUCUCAAGGAACAGAAAGAAAGCGAUCUAGACUUAGCUAACAUUACAACUGAGGAAAGUGACGCGAACAGAUCUGAAUCUGCUCUCUGGUCAGUGCCGGAGUUACCAGAGUUUGACUUGGGCUCACAAGAAACUAAGAAGUUGGGCAUGAAAAAAGUUGUGUCCCUUGUGGCUCCUAACACGGCAAAACUUUCACGGCGCCCUAAGCAGAUUGAUCCCGACUUCUUGAAAGCCAUGUUCCUACAACAACUGGCGGAAGAGAGACGGAGGAAACUUUAUUUUGGUUUCACCAAACGGAGGUCAAAGUUCAAUGUGCACAGUGCAGACAAACAGAUGGAUAAGAGCAGAAGUCUGGAGCAUCAGGUUGAGGAUGACCAUCUCCAUCAGUACUGUAUAUACCAGGAGGAGAGUCUCCACAGAUACCGCCAAGUCUUUGACGCGUUUGACGACAAGAGACGCGGUUGGUUGAAUCACAAAGAAACUAUGAGGGCUUUACAGGUUGUCAACUCGGACAUGAAAGGGACAGAACUCCAGUAUUUGAAUAGAAUUCUUGAACUUAUGGAUUGUGACGUCAGUCAAGGGACAGACUUCCAGGUGUUCUCAAUUCUGUGUGCCCUGUCUCACAAAAUCGUGUCAUUAGAUUCUUGGAUAAAGUUAAAGACUUGUGACGUCAGUUAUAGUCUGCUAGACAUGAAGGCAUUUCUCUGCAAGACAUUGUGGGAGAUUUGUGUGGACCAGGAGAAGAGAGCUAUCACCACUGACCAGUUGGUAGUGCUGCUGCGGUCGGGUGGUCUAAGUGACCGCCAAGAGAAUAUAGUCAAGGAAAUGUUCAGUCAAAGAUCACAUAUUGAUUACUUGACCUUUCUGACUUACUCGCCAUUGUUUGUUAUGCUUCACCAGUCCGUAGUUGAACGUCCAUUGUUUGACUAUUAG